UCGGCGCUGCCCCGGGUCGCGUGGGGGAAGGGCCGCGGGCCGCAGGGGGUGAGUGCGCUCCGGGAACAUGACGGCGGCGGACCUCCCCCAGAUCCCCGACGUGGACAUCGACUCCGACGGCGUCUUCAAGUAUGUGCUGAUUCGAGUCCACGCGGUGCCGCCCUCCGGGGCCCCGGCCGGGGAGAGCAAAGAGAUCGUUCGCGGCUACAAGUGGGCCGAGUACCACGCGGACAUCUAUGACAAGGUAUCAGGCGAGAUGCAGAAGAAAGGCUAUGACUGCGUGUGCCUGGGGGGCGGGCGCAUCUCCCACCAGAGCCAGGACAAGAAGAUCCAUGUGUACGGCUACUCCAUGGGUUACGGUCGUGCCCAGCACUCAGUCUCCACUGAGAAGAUCAAAGCCAGGUACCCUGACUACGAGGUCACCUGGGCCGACGACGGCUACUGAGGCCCACCUGAGGCCAGCCACCUCCAGCGGCCCACUUGGAACUCUGUUCUCAAGGCCGCCUCCCAAGAGGCUGGGCUGCACCCCCUGGCGCUUUGCCACCCUGGCCAGGCCUCAGUGCCCGGGGUUACCUCUCUGGGGAGAAUUAAAAGCAUCGUCACCUCCGCUGGUCCCUGAA